AUGGCAGCGCUGGCGUCCUUGAUGUUCAAAUCCAGAGCAGGGCUGCUGGUGCCUUGCCAAGCCUCGCUCGUUGAUUCAGUGAGGUUUGCAUCCAAGAAGGCAGGCGGAAGCAGCAAGAACCUGGGGGGCAAGAGUCCUGGUCGCAGAUAUGGCUUCAAGAAGCAGGAUGGAAACUUUGUGCAUGCUGGCAACAUCCUUGCAACACAGAGAAUGAUGAGGUAUCACCCAGGAGCACAUGUGGGGAUGGGAACCAACAAGACGUUGUACGCCUUGGAGGACGGUGUGGUCCGCUUCACCAAGGAGGUCUACAUCCCACCACCACGCAGCAGGGAAGCCACUCAGGUCAUCACCAAGCUGCCCAAAGGAGCCGUACUCUACAAGACAUUCAUCAGCGUUGUGCCCAACAAACAGGAGGGCAUGUUCAAACUGGUGGACAUGGUCUAAGACUGACUGGACUGGAAUAGACUGGGUGCGGUGUUUACCCCCAUUCUUCCCCAUGGACACCUGCAGUUAGGGGGUUAGGGUCUUCGUGUUCAGGGAGCUUUUGGUUUGAUGGACUGACAUUGUGAACACCCUGAAAGACGUUGGUCACUUGUAUCUCUGUCUCUGUUUUGACAUGACUCAGAAUUAGGGUUUGACCAGUACAGUUUCUUUAAGGCUAAAACUGUUUAAUCUUUGACGUGGCAGAAAAAUCCUCUGAAACAGCAUGUAGACCAUUAUGGGACACUAAAAGUCUCCACUGUACUGAUUCAAUGACGAUGAAACUCAAUGAUACAUUAGGCCUUUAAAUGAAGAAUUAAUUUGCAAAAAAAGUAAUUGAAACAUUACAUUAAUAAAUAAAACAUGCAAAGAAAAUAAAAUUUCAUUGCCA